UCAGUUUUUGCUUCUCUUACUAGAACUGUUCUCUACUUCUCUCUCUAAAAAGAAAGGUUCUCACUUGGGCGUCGGAGUGUUAACGGACCUAACUGGUCCUCAAGGUGCUUGUGCGUGCAGGCAGGAUCUCGACAGGAAGCGUAGUAGAGAUCGAGGCACGGAGCGGAAGGAAGGAGACUUCGGGGCAUAAACAAUUGGCGCGCCAGAUAGGAGAAUAUAACCAACAAGGCGCAUGGAGGUUCUUGGAUCGGGAGAGAAAGAGGGCGACCCCUAACCUCAAGAGCAUGGGACGGAAGGAACAAAGGAGGCGGAAGAGCAUGACGGAAGGGGGAGUCUGAUAGACCGUUAGUUACACAUGUUUUCACCCCUGUUCUUACACCGUUUGAGAGGUGGUUUCUCGUGUUUUAGACCGAUUUCACGCUAGGUUGUGCUUGUUUGUGAUAUUUCAGGUCCUAGUACGUGAAUGAAGGCUUAGGAGCGAGUCUGGGGUCGAUUGGACGAAGAACGGACGAAUGGCGAGGUUUUUGGGGAGCUGCACGGGCAGACCAGGGAGGCUGCACGGCCGUGCACGUGAGCAAUAUGGCCGUGCGCCUUAUGCCGAGGACACGCACGGGCAACCCCUGAAGCUCGCACGGCCGUGCGAGAGGGCUGAAGUUCGACUAAAUGACACGCUGCGUUUUGAGUUGCACGGCCAGAAUGGUGAUAUGCACGGCCGUGCACCCUGGCCGUGCGAGUCGGGAUUUCCUGGUUUUAAGCCAAAUUCCGAACCAAAGAAGAGGGGGAGCUGGGUUUUGGAUCCCAAACACCCAAGGGACGAACCAAAGAGAGAGAGGGCGAUUUGAGGGCAUUCUUGGAGUGGAGUUGGAGGAUUUCUUCGCCUUGGAAGCUCGAGGAACAAGCCCGGACUUGAAGACUGAUCAUCUGAAGAUUCUUACUGCAGUCUCUCUCUUCUCUAUGGAGUAACUUCCCUUCACUUAGGUUUUGAGGAACCCUAGCUAUGUUUGUUUGAUUGGAUGAUUGUAUGAGUACUCUGACUUGAUAAUCUUGAGUUCAUAUUCAAUCUAUGCAUGUUUUCAUGAUCCAAUUCUGCUUUAGUCGAGAUUAUUGAUUCCGCUUUGAUCCUAUGAGAGGGAAUACCUGAUUAGGUCAAUAGAGCACCAUAGAUUGA